AUUUCUUCCUUGACUGCAUCUUUGAGAUUUGAUGGUUCUUUGAAUGUGGAUGUGAAUGAGUUUCAGACCAAUUUAGUCCCAUACCCUAGAAUCCAUUUCAUGUUGUCUUCAUAUGCACCAGUGAUUUCAGCGGAAAAGGCUUACCAUGAGCAACUAUCGAGCGAAAUCACAAGCAGUGCAUUUGAACCAGCGUCAAUGAUGGCCAAAUGUGAUCCACGCCAUGGGAAAUACAUGGAUUGUUGCUUGAUGUACAGAGGAGAUGUGGUGCGUAAAGAUGUGAAUGCUGCAGUGGCAACAAUCAAGACCAAAAGGACCAUCCAGUUUGUUGAUUGGUGUCCCACAGGUUCAAGUGUGGCAUCAACUACCACCUCCAACUGUGGUACCGGUGGGGAUUUGGCCAAGGUUCAAAGGGCUUGCAUGAUUUCAAAUUCUACUAGUGUUUGUGAAGUGUUCUCAAGGAUUGAUCAUAAGUUUGCGAUGUAUGCAAAGCGUGCAUUUGUGCAUUGGUAUGUCGGUGAGGGUAUGGAGGAAGGUGAGUUUUCAAGCUAGAGAAGACUUGGUGCUCUUGAGAAAGAUUAUGAAGAAGUGGGCUUGGAAGGUGAAGGAGAUGAAGAUGAAGGGAUGAGUACUAGGCUAGAAUAUAGAGUAAAAUCGCCAAUGGACUUAUUGGUAAAGUAUGCAUCAAUGGCCUAUGCCGAUCCAUAUAAAGAAGAAGAAGAAGUUAAACCUAAUAUUAGAGCUACGCCAACUACCCCAAUGGUGACCUCUAAAGCAAGUCCUUUCAGCAACCUAGUUGGUUUUCAUCAAAGAAUGCUCUAUCACCUCAAUUCGUCUAUUGACUCGCACUACCCAAUCAUCUCCAAACCUUGA